GUUCGAGGAACAUUAGGAUAAAUUUUUUUUUAGGAAAAUUAGGACUAUCUAUGAAAUAUAUUCAUAAAUACAUUGACAAAAUUACUGAUAUAUCGAAGAGCAAAAUUUUAAGUUUACAAUAAUUACCGCCUGAAUGAUGAUAAAGGUUUUACAAGAACGAUAAGAAGAAAUACUGAAAACACGAAUCUGGAUUUUAUGUUUUCAUUCUGGAUCAAUACAAUGUUUGGAAAUUCCGCGUCUAUAGUUGCUGAGCAAACCAACCAUCGUAAGAAUUCUUUAAAAUGGAUUUCAUGAUUCAUGGAUCACCUACACCUAGAAAUCAUGAAAGAGCUGUUCCUGGAAGUGCAAGGAAUCGCCCAGGUAGUGGCAGACCACCCAGCGCAAAGCCAACAGUCAGCAGAAACCCAAUAACAGGAGAAGAGUCUCCAAUGAUUAGACCUGUGAGCAGACCAGCCAGCAGACCGGCAAGCAGACCAGAGGGUGUGCCUGUACUUAACUUAAAAGCCUUCCAGCAGGAUGACCUCAAAGUCUCCAAACCGUUGGAGUUAAUGGACUACCCAGAUACAGGGAGGUCGGGCAUAUCCACCAUAAGUUGGGGAACCCCCUGUUCAUCAGCCAGGAGCAUGGACAGACCCUCCAGUAGAACAGUGGAUAAGCCCCAGAGCAGCAAGAGUGUUCGACCAGACGGAGUGCCAGGGCUUUACUUUGGUUACACAGAUGAUAAGAAACACAAAGUGAAAGUACACAAAGAAAAACAGCCUACAGCUUGGGAAAAAGAGCCCUGCCCUGGGGAUUUACCUCCUCCCUCAGACAGAUACAAAGAGAUGUAUCGGCAAUACACGGAUGAUAUGAAACAGUCAUACAGAGCCAAAAAUCAGUCUCUGUCAGAGGAUGAUGUAAACAGAGAAAUGGAAGCAGUAAAGAAAUCCAAACCAAAGACGUACGGAGAAAUCCGCAGUGAAGUGGAGCGAGAGAGUGCAAGGUGUGAUGAACCGGACGACAUUCUGGACAGAAAGUGGACUCAGAAAAAAUCCUACUCCACACAACAAAUGAUGAAAAUCAUGGAUGCUGAAGAACUACUGGAAUUCAACAAACAACAAAAGUUGAUAGAGACUGUUAUGAUAGACCAGUUAUCAAGAGCCGUUAUAAGUGACCCAGAACAAAAUGUACGCACACCUGUCACUCACGAUACUAGACGAGCAAGGGGAAGUAACCGCUAUCUUCAUGAUUCCAGGGUUAGAACUAGUGCCACUGCCACAGAAAAUUUGUUGUCAAAAAGAGUCAGAUUUGGUGCAAGAAUUCUUACCAGAAAUGGACAUGAUGCUUUGCGAGAAUUAACAGGUUUUUAUUUCCACAUAGACAACACACUGACUAUAUAUGAAUUCAGGCAGUUUGGUAAAAGUGCUAAAGCAUUACCAUUGAUAAAGAGAGGAAAGUACAAGCAUCUCUGUGGCAGCAAGAGGGAUGAACCCUACACUUUAUUUGAUAUUUUCUCUGGAGCAAACCUGAUCAUAUCGACGGAGGACCAGCACUCGCUGCCCGACUCCAUGAACAAAGCGGACCACGUGUACUUCAGGGUGACGGAUGUGGAUGAGGCCGCCAAACAACAGUUGAUUGCAAAUGACAUGCCAGACACCUACAGACAAAGUGUUCAGAAAUCCAGUGACACAGAUGUACAGAAAAUAAUAACAGCAGUUCAAGCUGUUGUUCAGGAGAAGAUCAGGAAGCGAGGCAUCAAGACGUACACGGGCCUGGGUCGGUAUUACCGGGAGAGAGAUGAGCGGGGGGACGGCAUCAUGUACAGGUUUCAGCUGGAAAAAGGACUGUUUACCUUCCACAUUGACCUUGACCCCGAGUUACUAGAUGCUGUAUUUGAGGCGUUAGAUGUGGAUGAAAAGGGAGAACUGGAUAACAGUGUAUACAUGAGGGAAGUUUUAGGACAAAUGAAUGAAUGUCGCAAGACCAAGGUCAGAAAGGCUUUUAAGAAACUGGACUCCAGUAAGAGUGGCCGAGUGAGUGUUACAGACAUCAGGAAAUAUUUUAACAGUAAAUUCAGGCCUCCACUGCAAGCAGCUGGAGUUGUUCCGGGUGUGAAUCCAGUCCAGGCAUUCCUGGAGGCAGUGACAGCCUCCUCCAGACAGGACAGCGUAUCCUAUGUGGAGUUUGAGGAGUACUAUGAAGGCCUCAGCCUAGCUAUUGAGGAUGAUGUGGACUUUAUCAACAUUCUUCACAAUACAUGGAAUAUUUGACAGGCCAAAAUCUAGAACUUGGUAGAGUUGUAUUACUUGAUGGAACAAGCAGGAACUCUUGUCAAGGAUGAAGAUCAAACAGGACAUUUAAGACUUGAGCAGCAACAGUCAGUGUUCUAAAAAAAAAGAGGUCUUCUGUCAUGUAGGAUAAUAGGGUCUUUUGUUUCUGUGAAGAAAAUCUGACAAACACAAGAAGAAUUUAAAUUCAAGUUUUGAUUCAAGAAAAAUAUUGUUAAAAUUUGCCAACAUUUCAAUUUUCAGAAGAUAGAACAUUUUUCUUGAUAAUUUUCUCUAUCCUUAUUCACUCCUGUGUACUGAUGGUUAAUUUGAAGAAAAAUCUAGGAUUUUAGAAAUGUUUAAUGUUUCAUUUAAUGUUCUGUUAUUACACACCAUGGUUGAAGACCCAUUGUACAAAUUGGUUGUAUGUAGAGGUUGUCAGGGGAGCUUUACUGUUGGAAGUAGAAAUACAUGUAUCAAAAAUCCAAAUAUUUAUGUUCAUGAUACUUCUGUAACUAUUGUCAAGAAUUUAAAAAAUUGACAGUAAUUCAUUGCAUUUUUUGGCUUGUUAUAUGUGGAGUUAAUAUCUCUUUUUUGUAUAUGUAUGAAUGUAGUUAUCAAAGAACAAAUGGGUUCUAUAUACUUUUUAUAAAUUACCUCUGUACAUUCAGAAAUAAAUUUCAAGUAUUGUGAAUGUGCAUAAGAUAUGGAUGGCGUUUAUAAUGUUUAAUAAAUUUAUUCGUUUGAAUGGUUUGGAAGUAAAACAAGUCAAUCUUUAUUGCCUCAGCCAUGAAAAACACACAAUUUGUUUCUAAAAUUGAGUCAGGGACAUAUUUCUGUCAAUUCCAUGUUUUAUCUGUGAUAUAUUAUUUUGCUUUUUCCCCAUAGUUUUAAUUCAAGAGAUAGUUUAAAAUAAACAAAAAAAUUCUU